AUGUUACAGCAGCAAGUAAGAAGACAGAUAAUGGAUGCGUUCCAAGAUGUCUUCCAAAAGGUAGAAAAGAUUGGAGAGGGCACCUAUGGGGUAGUAUAUAAAGCCAAAAACAAACAGACAGGCCAGCUAGUUGCUUUGAAGAAGAUCCGCCUAGAUUCGUAAGUACCUAGUUCACUAACUUUCCCCUGAAUUGGCUACUCUUAAAACUCAUGAAAUGGUUUUCUGAUAGCAUUUAUGUUUUGAAUUUUAAUACAUUGCAAAUUGUGGAAUUUGAGAGAUAUCAUGCGGAAAACCAUGGGCAGAAUUUAUUCACAUAAGGGUCAGUUCCAAAUAGGGUCCAGCUGUUAAUGUAAAGUAUACUUACUGUAACAGUAGAAUUGCAAGCACCUUAAGCAUGGAGACUAAUGGCUGAUUUAGCCAUUAAAUAUGACAAUGGAGACGCAUGAAUGUAUCUGUCCCUUUUAAAAUUUUGUGCAGAUAAGCUUUUCUUAUUGAAGCAACGAUCAGAAUUGAAGGGGGUGAAGAAAAGACUUAUAGUCUUUGAGGAGAAAGGCCAUCUCCUUAAUUUUAUAUUUUAGUAGUUGUAGUUCAACCUGUGUAGAAGAGCCUUACUCAGAAUGCACUGAGAUUAUCAUAUCUUAUUCCUUACUUGUUCACAUAUGUUAUGCUUGCUGUUGCUAAAAUAUUAACCUUAUACCUGUGUAGUUUUCCACAUUUUCUCUUUUUUGUGAUUGAUGGGACACCCUUUCCCUCCCUGCUUUGGCUGACAAGCUCUAUGAACAUUCCCCUAGAGAAGAUAUGUGAGUGGAAAUAAUCACUGAUGCCCAGUAAAGCAGAAAGAAUUGGAUUGUUUGAUACCAAAUCCCUUUCUUCACAGGGAGACGGAAGGAGUUCCCAGUACAGCAAUUCGAGAAAUCUCCCUGCUGAAAGAAUUGAAACAUCCAAACAUAGUGAGGUAAGAAAAAGUCUAGACUUUGUGUCUGUGUAGAUGUGAGCUGUUCUCUUUUUAAAAAAAUAAUUUUUAUUAAGUUUUCCAUUUAACAAUCCAAUUAUAUCACAUUGAUUAUUCCAAAUUAUACCAAUACAUAUCAUAAAGUCCAAAUAUUUUGCCAAAUUAUAAAUUUUUGUAGGGGGUUCCCAUGCUUCUAGUUCAGUAAGGGUCCAGUCAUCUCAUAUUUCUGCUGCUUUUAGAGAUGUGAGCUGUUCUCAUCUAUAACUCAUAACAGCAUUGCUUAGAUUAAUAGAAACAUGGAAUAGAUAAGGCUAUUUUUAAUUCAGACUGCAAAUCCUAUGCCAACUUUCUUGGAACUUUUCCAGCAGACACCUUGAGGAGACUAAAACAGCCUUGGGGUGGCUUUCAAAAUACUCUUGAGCUGCCACUCACAGGUUUGGAGUCUGAUUGUUGAGGGGCUGGUCAUGAGACCUCCUGGGACAAUAAUCCUGGCUUGAGGCCAUUGUCAUUAUCAUAGGGACCAGGGGCUAGGUUAGAGUGACACUUGGAGUGAGAGACAUUGUCUGCUAGCAUAUCUGCAAGUAACUAUUCAUGCAAGUACAUUUUAAGAGGCAAAGUAGCAUAGUUACAGUAGUAAACCUGCUCAUUAGUAGUGUGCUGCCUUGCUGUUUCGAAUAACAUGCAGGCAUACAGGUAUCUGAAAACAGAUAAUGUUAAUUUGUUCCUCAUAGUCUUUUGUUGCACCUUUGCUGUUCUUUGCAGAGCAGCACAGGAGAGAAUGAGGGAUAAAUAAACACGAAACUGCAACAAGGGAGUCUCGGUGCCGAGUAAGUUUAAUUUAAAUAGCAUUGCAACAGCCAGCAUUUAGGCAAGACAUCUGUUGGCAGCUACUAGAGAAUGCAGUUUUGUAAACAAGCUCCUUCACUCUAUGGCUUGUCUACUUGCUUUGUGUAUUACAUUUUUAUCCCAUCCUUCUUCCAAGGAGCUCAGAGUGGCAUACAUGGUUCUGUCUCUCUCUUCUUAGUAGUGGCUUAUGGGAUGGUGGAGAUGGGUCUCUGUUGCUCUCCUGGCUUCUCAGCACCGUGAGUUGCUGCUUCACCCCUCUCCCUCUUGGUAAAUGACAGUGACUCACAGCACUGGGAAGCCGGGAGAACAAUGGAGCUGCUACUGCUCUGUUACCAUUACUCUUACAACAACCAUAUGGCGUAGGUUAGGCUGAGAGACAAAGCCCAAAUUUGCUUCAUGACUGAUUGAGGAGUUGAUCCUGGGUCUCCCCAGUCUUAGUCCAGCUUCCUAACUACUGUGCCACACCGACUCUCCUUCUGUUGUGCCAAAAAAAGGAGGGUGUGUGUUUUGUGUGUGUGUCGGAGUGGUGGAUGCAUUUGUUCUGCAGGGGCAUUAGUUCUUCCAAACCCAGAUGUUCACUCACUGAAUUCAAUUUUUAUUCCAGGCUUCUCGAUGUGGUUCACAGUCAGAAGAAACUCUAUCUAGUCUUUGAAUAUCUGAAUCAGGACCUUAAGAAGUACAUGGACUCGUCCCGUACAGGGGAGCUGCCUUUAAGUUUGGUCAAGGUAGAAGUUUAUCCAAACAUACGCACAGUCACUUACAGGAAAUAUGUUCUUGAAUUUCAACUCCUAUCAGCCUCAGACAGCAUUAUCAGUUAUCAGGGAUUAUGGGAGUUGUAGUUCAGCAAUAUGUGACAGGCUGCAGGUUAGCUACCACUGUGUUAGACCUUGAAGCAUUGAAAAGCCAUUCACAUUGCAGAAGGGCCUGUAAGAUUUUAACUUUCUUUCUAUCUGAUAGUGCCUUUAAAAACUGUGACAGACAACAAAUCAGGCAAAGGCUGGGGUAGGAGAGCUUUAACUGUUGAAUUUUCUCCUUGCGUUCUUCCUGUCAUUUAAAAAAGACAUAGGAACCCUGACAGGAAACAAACUGGCUACCCUAACAAGGAGUGUGGAAAGUUUCUUAUCUGGUCACACUGCUGUUCUCAAAGAAAUAUAUUAACAAUGUACGUGGAAGCUGUUUGCAAGCAAGCAAUUGUUUGAGAUGUUGAACUAUGGCAUAUUAUGUACCAGCUGCCCAUGGUUUCUUUAUGCCUACACUGGAUCUUGCCACAUAAAAAAAAAAAAAAGUUUCAGGAAAACGCAUUGUAAACCUCGUACUGUAAUGGGAAAUCAUGUUGCUGAAACACGGAAUUCUACAGCACCAUCUGGUGUCACAGUGUUAUAAUGCAUUUAAAAUGCUUGCUUGUUUUUACUAAUCUCUGAAACCUUUGCUUCUCCCUAGAGCUACCUUUAUCAACUGCUACAAGGUGUAAGCUUCUGUCACUCCCACAGAGUCAUCCACAGAGAUCUGAAGCCCCAGAACUUACUUAUAAACGAAAUGGGAGCCAUCAAACUAGCUGAUUUUGGCCUAGCAAGAGCCUUUGGUGUUCCACUGCGUACUUACACUCAUGAGGUAAUGUUCGUCAUCAUCUCUUCCUUCUCUUUCUUAGUGCUGUUAGUAGGCAAGAAGGUUUCCAAGUCAUCCUCUGAGAAGGGGUGUGUGUGUGUUUGUGUAAACACAAUUUUUGAGGCAGAUUUUGCACCAUCCGAGUGCUGCUGUGAUGCUCCACAAUGGUAUAAUUUUCCUGCCUUUGAAACACUGAAAGAUGCAUGAGACCCCCUCCGGGUGCUGCUCUGGCUAUGUUAUUUGAUGUGAAGUGAGAAGAAAAGUAGCCAUGAAAUGAGCUAUUAUGAUACCCAGUCUUAUGCAAAGAAUGGAUUGAAACUGCAAUUGGCAGACCUUAACCCAAAGACUGUCCAUACCUUUAGUGUUCUGGGUCAAGAUUCUGCAGAUUAAAAGUUCAUGCCAUUAUACAUUUUGAAGGUAUGUUUUUACUACCUCAGACUAACAUGGUUUCUCUCCAGGAAUUUAGAUUUUUAAAUGCGCUGAGACAGAAAAAGAGGAUGCAGCCAUCUUGCUUCUGAGCUCAUUGCUCCAUCAGUUCCCUUUGUCCAGCUUCCUCUCCCACAUGCUAUAGCAAAGAACAAGUGGGACUCUAGUUUUGUCUCAUAGCAGGUUGGGGAGGAGAGUGAGUGGAGGGAUAGCAACACCUGCUUUUCUGACUGGCAUUCAAGAGGCCAUGCUGCAGUCUAGUGGACUUCAUCUGAGUGAGAACAAUUUCUUGCAAAAGACUGGAUCGUAAAAGUUUAUGGGCUCAAUCAUAAAAGUUUUUAACUGAGGGUGGGAAGGCAUUUGAAUACAUAAAAAGCAUAAAUUGAACUCGAGCUUUCAAUGUGGUUCCUUCUAGGUUGUAACCUUAUGGUAUCGGGCUCCUGAAAUUUUACUAGGUUGUAAAUUCUACUCAACAGCUGUGGAUAUCUGGAGCAUUGGCUGCAUAUUUGCAGAAAUGGUAAUAGACUUCAGUUUUUUUGAUUCAAAAGUAAAGUGCACUGUGUUUUAGACGCACAAAAAUGUUAAUUUCUUAUGAAAAUUUUAUGUGGUAAUGUGUGCCUUGUUUGUAUUUAUAGCUACCUAGCUCCCCUUGUCUUUGUCUCACACACACUCUCUCUGAAGGGAAUUUGUAAUCUGAGCCCUUAGCCCAGAAGUCAGUAUUGAAACUCAAAUCAAUACUUGCAUUUUGGCAAGAGAAGCAGUUGGUGCACUGUGUCAUCUGGAUGACAUAAAAAUCAGUGAUACUGAGUUUAUGUAUACUCAUAACAUUACAAAUAUCCAAAACAGACACUGCAAAUCAUGUAAUCAAUGUGCUCUUAUUUUUUUCCUAAUUCUACUGUGUGGCAGAACCAAGUUUAGUGUUCAAAAUGUGUUAUUCUUGCCACCACCUUUUUAAAAUUUCAAGAGUCUUUGAUAAGACUUCCUUCUCUGAUAUUGUUAAAAGCUGCAAUGAGCAUGAAAAUGUGCAUUGAUUGUUGCUGCUGUUCCUGUGGCCAUCUGAUUCUGUUUAGAUACAUGCUUCCUGAUCACAGCAGAGUAAAGGAGAAACUUACUUUCAAUUUUUUAUCCAUUUAAAAAUGUUUUAUUUUAUUUGAGCAUUAUACCUGGUUUUUGUACACUGCUCUGAAAGCUGCACUGAGGGGUGCUGUAUCUUUCAAAUAAAUAAGAUAUAUUGCAUAGUGAGGCUCACGCUGCUGCUGUAUUGAGGAGGAAGGUUGUGACCAUGGCAGGUAGUCUGCAGUUAAGAAAAAUUAUGUGGAAUGUAGCUUCCAUUUUGGUUUGGUAAAUUUAUCUCUCAAUUCUGUGAGGAUGCUUCCAGAGGGAUGUAUAUUCCUUAUGCAUGCAUUUUUAUUUUAUUUUAUUUUAUUGCAAAGCCUACAUAACAUUAUUGUCGUCAAUUGCUUUAAAAAGAUAUGGGCUGGCAUCUUAACUCAGAUUUCUCCAUUCACAACAUUAAGCCCCCAUCUGGAGGACUUUAGCCAGUUGCAUGCGGCUAGCUUUCUGCAUAAGGAAAAGAAGAACUGUGGCUCAUGGGGAAGGCUUGCAGCUCAGUGACAGAGCAUAUACCUGGCAUGCAGAAAGAUCCUAGGUUCAGUCCCUGGUGCUUCCAGGUAGGGCUUGGAGAGCCGCUUUCAGUCAGUGUCAACAGUGCUGAUCUGGAUGGACCAACAAUAUUGUAUAAGGCUGUUCCCUAAGUUCCUAUCAGAAGAGAUCUAUCAGUGGUAGAUCAGCAAUGCGUUCCCUUAGUUUUCAACCUCUUUUACACACACUAGCUGACCUCUCCUGAAAAACACCUUGCUAUGAGAAAGAUGUGCAAUGUGGCAGCAGCCACUAGAGGCUGCUGCUGUAUAGGAAGAAAGUGAUGAAGAUGACAUGGCACUCGAUUAACGGACAUGCAGCCCUUAUCCUAAUACUGUUUACAACAUUUGAAAACCGCAAAGGUUUAAGCAUUUAGGCUCUUCCUUCAGCCUUGCCUACCAUAUGGCUCAUACUGAAAAGCCACGUCAAUUGCUUUUGCAAAGAUCAAUUAAACCAAUUUUUAUUUUAAAAGUUUCAUAUUAAUACAUCUCAGGUUUUUAUGUAGAUUUCCACCCCCAUGGCUGUCCUUGUUGUCUUUCUAUCCUGAGCUCUCAGCAGAAUAAAACAUGACUGAAGUUUUAGUUCAAAUGAAGUUCAAGUUUGUAAUAUAGGGCAUGGGGUCAACAUUAGAUUUCAUGUUCUAUAUUAUCAUGUUGAACUUGCUUUAGUUUACUGUAUGUCUUUGCACCUAGCUCUGGUUGGUAGAUCUUGGGAUUCUAGUACAAAACAAAGGAGAUCCAACAAGCUUGAAGUCUCCCCCUGAUCUACACUAUGAUUUUCUGGGGAUCUGGUGUGGUGUUCAGUAUAUUUCUCCUUUCUCCUUCAGCACCAGGUGGCUUGUACUAAAAGGUAUUUAUUUCUCUCUGUUCCUUCUCCCUGGGACUUCAUUUGGAUAAAGAAUAGGGGUGCCUAUGGAAAGAUAGAUGAGUGAGACAUCCUUUUUCUUUCUCCAGGUAACCAGAAAAGCCUUAUUUCCUGGGGACUCCGAAAUCGAUCAGCUUUUCCGUAUUUUCCGCACUCUUGGUACACCUACUGAAUCAUCGUGGCCGGGAGUGACUCAACUUCCGGACUACAAAGGGAAUUUCCCAAAAUGGCCGAGAAAAGACAUGAAGGUGUUAAUUCCAAACUUGGACCGAGACGGACGAGACUUGCUGAUGGUAAGAAAGAGGCUGGAAUGAAGGGUUUUGUUUUUAAAACAACCUUGGGGCAGGGAUGUUGUAACCCAGAAUUUCAGCCAAGAGCCUCAAUCUGAGAUUUAGUCUUAACCCUCAAGUGUAUUUGGUAAUAUAGGUAUUUGGUAAUAUAGGGAUUUGUGAUUUCUGCCAUUUUGAUCAUGACAUUACCAUUGCUUGCAAAGCCUAUACUUGGGAAUAGAAAAUUAGUAUUGACUUUGGGAUGAUAGGCAUAGUAUCAAUCCAUUAAGAGAGAUAUUUCUGUGUCCCCCCUUUUAAUUGCAGCAACUAUUACUGUAUGAUCCCAACAGACGCAUCUCAGCCAAAGCUGCUUUGACCCACCAAUAUUUCUGGCAGACUCCAUCACGAGAUGCCAGAGAGCAACGUGUAGUAGAGAGGUAUGGCCCAUGA